GUAAAAGCGGACGUGAUGUAUAAUCUAUGCGCCUUCACGAAUCCUGACAGAAAUUGACAUACAUAGCAGUGGGAGCGAUGACGUGCACGCUGGAGAAAGUGCUGGGCGACGCUCGCACGCUGCUGGAGCGGCUAAAGGAGCACGAUACGGCGGCGGAGAGCUUGAUCGAGCAGUCGGGGGCGCUAAGCCAGAGAGUUCACAGCAUGAGGGAAGUGGGCAACGCGCUGCCAGACAAGUACCAGGAGGACAGUGUGGAGCUGAAGGAACUGUCCAAGUACAAGCCCCACAUUCUGCUGACCCAGGAGAAUACCCAGAUUAAAGAGCUGCAACAGGAGAACAGAGAGCUGUGGCUGUCUUUGGAGGAACACCAGUAUGCGCUAGAGCUGAUCAUGGGUCGGUACCGCAAACAGAUGCUGCAGCUGAUGAUGGUGAAGAAAGAGAUGGACACUCAGCCUGUGCUGAGCUUGCACGAGGACCAUGCCAAGGAGGUACAGAGCCAGCUGGAGCGGAUCUGUGAGAUGGGACAGGUGAUGCGGAGAGCGGUCCAGGUAGAUGACCAGCACUACUGCUCUGUGCGGGAGAGACUGGCACAGCUGGAGAUUGAAAACAAGGAACUGCGUGACCUUCUGUCCAUCAGUAGGAGCUCCCUGAAGCUACAGACUGAGGAGAAGAGCCAGCUCCAGCCUGAAUCUGAUGCUAAACCUGUCGAUAAGUAGUGAGUGAAUCCAUGGAGAGAGAGAGAGAGAGAGAGAGAGAGAGCAGGCUGCUCCAGUUCUUCAAGGCCACAGAGCUGUGCUCAUUUCCUUUCCAUCCCAGUUUACUCAAUUUAAACCAAAAUUUGGAAAACAGGCCAAAAUUUUUUUUCCCUGGUAGUUCUUAUUAUUUAUGCCAUCCAAAGUAUCCUUGCAGACUGCAGAAGGAAGAGUACAGUACCUUUCUCUUUGUUAGGUGCUUUCUGUGAAACUGCAGGUGAAGACACAGAUGGAUCUGUCUGUCCUCUUCUAGGAAAGAUCAUUUCAGUGGAGAUGGAAAAAGACGACUAACAGGCACACAAAACCACAACGUUUGUCUUAUCUUGGAUAGUCACUACCUCUCCGUUUCUCAGUCUGUGUUUUAGGUGUUUAAUAUUCAGAGGUUGUUAUGUUGUUGUUUAAGCUGUGAAAUUCACCAAAAAAGCUAACUCCAACUUUACACUUGAGGCAAAACAGAUUUUUUGACAUCGGGUUCAAGGAUCAUUGUCCUGGCACUGAAAAGGUUGUCUUGGGUUGUCCAUAAUUUAUGUAACUUCUAAUCUGAAUUUGUUAGAUAUUCUGGUGUCAUGGUAACAUUCUUACCCUUUGAUGUAGCUAGGUAAGCCAUUGCAAGACUGUGUGAUUGGUAUUGGUAAAGUCUGUAUUGUUGUGUUCGUAUUGUAAAUGUGUUUUUUUGUUGUUGUUCAAAAUAUCAUUGUUGAUGAUCAUUUUUAUUUGGCCCAUUACCUGUAAGUAGGUUGGCAAAUGAGCUUAUCUCUUUCACUGUCAACUCAAGCUCAUUGCUUCUGUUGGAAUGACUGCACAGCUGGUUUCAGUGUCUUCAAAGUAAGUAAAUGAUUUGCAGGAUUCCUGUGAGACAUAAGUAUAAAAAUAACUUUCUGCAACAUGCAAUGCCAUGCUUCAUAUGAAAAGUAAACCUGCAAUUUGCCCUGGUGUGACAGCUAAGGAAGAUACACAUGUAGAUACCACCACAGGUAGAAUAGAACAUUUUUAUUGAUAUAACAAAGGAGGAAGCUGUGCCCAUCAUAAAUGUAUUAUACCAGUCAGAGUACAGUAUAUAGGUCUAGUAAUGAGUCCAUCUUUGUUUUUUCUUUUAAAUUUUUUAACAUGACAGAUGUCUGUACUGACAAGGCCCUGGUAAGGAACUGUUUUGGAUCUGUUAAGCACAGGGGGUGAUUGCAUGUGUCUUAUUCUAUUCUGGGCUAGGACGGCUCUAGGAUAAUGCCCAGGAUUUCUUUUUUCACUGAUGGAACACUUAUCAAAGAAACUGUCAAAUCAGUACAGUUGGAGAUAACACAGUGUAGUUUGUGUAUAUUUGAUAACUCCCCACUUAAGCUUGAACGGAGUCCACCAA